AUGAAAAGUCGAUUGGAACAAUUACCAAAUGAGCUUUUAUGGCUCAUUUUAGAAUAUAUACCACCAAUAGAUUUAUUUCGUAAAUUUUUUAAUCUUAAUCAACGUUUUAAUACAAUUCUUCGUCUGAUACAUUAUCGUUUUAAUAUUUUCUAUACAAAUGAAAAUCAAUUUAAUUAUUAUUUUAAUAUUAUUCUUCCGAAUAUUGUAUAUAAUUCGAUAGAAUCAUUAUAUAUUGAUGAUAUAACUAAUCGUGUUUAUUCUAUAAAUAAAUGUCGACAUUUACGGUCAUUAACAAUUCAUCAUUUACAUACAGAAAAUAUUGACUUAUUAGCUAAUAGUAUCUUAUUAGAAUUAAAGCAUUUAAAUUAUUUGCGUUUAUAUACAGAAUUUCGAUUAAAAAAUCAAGAUGUUAAUUCAUUAACUAAUGUUAUUUUUAGUCAACAAAUGCCUUCAUUAACAUAUUGUUAUUUAGGUUUUCAAGAUUAUAGUCGUUUGAGUUUUGAUCAUUUAGAUACAAAAAAUAAAACAUUAUCUUUAAAAACAUUAGUUGUUGAUCAAUGGUGUCGUUUUAGCGAUUUUAUUCGAUUACUUCAUUUUAUACCUAAUAUUAAACGUUUAACUGUUCGCUUAUUUGAUUCAAAUACAAAAGGAACGAUUGUUCCAUCUUUUAAUGCCGUUGAUGAUUUUACAACUCUUGUACCUCAUUUAAUUUAUUUUCGAGCUAAACUUGCUGAAAUUCCAUUUGCAAUCGCUACAAAAAUAUUAUUUCUUCGUUUACCAUGUAAUCUUCGUGAAUUAUCACUUUCAACAUGGUCCAUUGAAUAUGCAAAUGGUGAUGCAUGGGAAACAGUUCUCUCAACAAAAUUUUCUCAUUUAAAACAUUUUCGUUUAAUUAUUUCUCUUGAUCAAAUUCCUCAUAAUUAUGUAACUGCAAGUAAUCUAGAUCUUGAUAAUAUUGUUAAAUCAUUUAAUCAAUCAAAAUAUUUUCUUGAUCAUCAUUGGAGUGUUUUAAUUAAUGUAAAUGAACAUGAUCGUCUUAAACUUGUUUUACAUACAGUACCAUAUCCAAUAGAAAAUUUUCAAACAACACUUUAUGAUAUUCGCCGCUGUACAUCAUCACCAUUAACAAUUAAAUCAGCUUAUCGUUGUGUUAGUAAAUUAAGUUUAGCACUACAUAAUGAUCUUGCUUCAUUAUUAUAUGAUUAUAAUGAACAUCGAUAUUUUCCAAAUGUUGAACAAUUUAUUUUAUAUUCUAAUUUAAUAAAUGAUCGUCGAGAAUUUCAGUCAGUAGAAUAUUUUAAAAAUUUAAAAAAUAUGGUCAAUCUAUCAAGUAUAACAUUAUUCAAUUGUCCAGAAGAAUCUCGACAAUAUCCAAUACAAUUAAUUAAUUUACUUUUAAAUAAUUUACCUAAUCUUAAAUCUUUAGUUGUACCUUAUCGAUUAUAUACAUGUUUAAAAACACAAUCAAUAUAUUAUUUAAAAAGUUUAACAUUAAUCUUUACUAUAUAUUCAUCAAUAUCUCCACCAGCGACAAGAAUGCGACAUUUAUUAACAGCAAAUCAAAUAUUAACGAACGAAUUGAUAUUAGAACUUGUUCAUACAUCGUUAUCAUCAUUUUCUGAAUUACAAACACUAACAUUGAUUGUAAGAGAUUUAGAUGGUUUUGAUAAUCAAUUUUCUGAAUGGCUUAAAACUAAUUUUUCAACUAAGAAAAAUAUUUCAUAUGAUCUACUGAUAAUUGAUAAAAUAGUUCAAUUUUAUUUUUAG